AUGUCGUCAUCGGAUAACCUUCCCCUUAACGAACUUGAGAAGGAAUUACUUGAUCCAUCAUCAGACUGUUAUUUGGAAAACCUAUUAGAUGUGGUGUCAGCCCUGGUUACUGAUUGUGACUUUCCAUCUGCGAAAAACAAUAAAGGUGUUCAAUCCUUCCUCAAAAAAUACAGUCAAGCAGCUAAAAUUAUUGAAUCACGUCGAACAAAAUACACGGAUUUUGAAUUAAUUAAAGUUAUCGGUCAAGGCGGAUUUGGUCGAGUGGAAUUAGCUCGACAUAAGCGUACACGACGUGUAUAUGCAAUAAAAUUAAUGAGUAAACAACACCUAUUGGAUCAUAGUCAAUCAGGUUAUUGGGAAGAACGUGAUGUUAUGGUGAAAGCAUCAAGUGAAUGGUUAGUAGCUUGUCAUUAUGCAUUUUUGGAUAAAGACAAUGUCUACUUAUGCAUGGAAUAUAUGCCCGGUGGAGAUUUAUACUAUUGGCUAGAGAAAUAUGAUACAUUCGAUGAGACAAUAGCACGUUUCUAUCUGGCUGAAACAGUACUCGCCCUGGAAGCCCUGCAUCAGUUAGGCUUUAUUCAUCGUGAUUUAAAACCGGAUAAUAUGCUGUUAGAUGCGAAAGGACACUUAAAACUGGCUGAUUUUGGUUCAUGUGUACGUGUUGGCCAAGAUGGUUAUUACUAUUGUACUUCACCAAUUGGUACACCGGAUUAUAUUAGUCCAGAAAUGUUAAGUUGUCAAGCGAAAGCUGGUAAAAUUGGUCCUGCAUGUGAUUGGUGGGCGUUAGGUGUUAUUGCUUAUGAAAUGUUUUUUGGUGAACCAGCCUUUUAUGGACAAUCUCUCGUGGAGACAUAUAGUCGUAUUCUUGCGCAUGAGAAGUCCUUGCGUAUACCAACUGAUGCUGAUCCAAUCUCUCCAGAGACUGAACAAUUCAUUCGUGAUCUACUGAAAUCACCGACAACUCGUUUAGGCUCAUUUGAUUUGUUGACAGAAGCUGAGAUAAUUACUGCAAAAAAUAAUAAAGCAGUAGCUGCAGCUCAACAAGUGAAAGGACACGCCUUUUUUAAAUCUAUUCAAUGGGAGCAGUUGAGAUCAGAGAAUCCACCGAUUCAACCAGUUGUCAAUUCUGAGACAGAUACAUCAAAUAUUAACUUUGAUGAAAGAGAUUUAAGCUCAGAUAAUGUAGGCAGUGGUGGAAGUGGUAUGAAGUUACCGCAUAGUGGUGGGGCAUUCGCUCCAGCUCGUCCACAAACACCAGCUUAUUUCACAGGGAGUAAUUUAUCCUUCGCUGGGUUUACAUUCAAUCGUUAUCAUCGAUAUUUGGAAAUGUUUUCACGUGUUACUAACCCCAACACCAACACCACGACGACGACAAACAACAGUAAUGGUACUACUACUACUACUACGUCUGCUAAUGAUAAUAAACCUCUUGAAAGCGGGAUAGAUAGCCAAUCCAAACAAUUGAAUGAAGCUAUAGAACGUCAAAAAUUGACUGAAGAAACGCUGAACAAUUUAAAACAAGCCUUUCAAAAUCUACAAUGUCAAUCAAGUAAAGACCAAUUGAGUUUAAAAUCACUAAAUCAACAAUUGAUAGACUCACAGAAUGAAGUAAAACAGUUAAAAAGUAUAAAAACCGACUUUGAAGGGCAAUUACACGAUUUAAACAGCCAAAUAAAUAGUUUACAAUCAGAACGUGAUGUUUUACAGACGAAGAUUAAAGAAUUAGAAUUACAAUAUCAAACAAUAACAUUGAAUUAUGAAACAGAACAUCGGGAGUAUGCAAGCCUGAAGAGUGACAAGGAGGCAUUGGAUCAACGUAUUCAUCAAUUGGAAAAGGAAUUAUUAAAACAACAGAAAGAUUUAGAGGUAAUGUCAGCAGGGAAACAACAGCAAUCGUCGAACAAUCCUUCAACUCCUGAUAAUGAUAACAAUCAUACUACUCAAAUGAUUACUGAAUUAAAUGAAUUAAUAAGCAAUUUAAAAUUACAAAAUUCAACUCUCCUGUCAGAAAAUCAAGAAGCUGAGAAUAAGUGUACAGCGCUAAUGAAUGUUGUCUCAGAAUUACGUAAAAAUCUUGAAGAACAAGUGAAAGAAUUAAGCGAUCAAUUACAAACUGCACAAGAGUUGAGUUGUACUCAUUUGACUAAGUAUAAAGAAACGUCUGAUUUACUUGAACAAAGUAAGCUAACCAUAGAAAGAUUACAUAAUGAUUUAAGCGUAUGUCAGACAAGCCUUGAUACAACAAUUCAAGCAAAGCAUACACUUGAAGAGGAAUUAAUUCAUAAAGACUCUGAAUUAUCUAUAGCACAAGUACGUCUACGUAGCCUAGAAACAAAUUUAGACUCGGUACGUAAACAUUCUGAGGAGGAAAUACAUCGAUUAAAUAGUCUAGUCAAUAGACAAUCCUUAGAGAUGAAUGAUCUGUCGAAACAACUUGAUGAAAUGCGUAAUUGUUGUGCUAACGUUGAAACAACUAAUGGUCGGCUAACUGAACGUGUACAACAAUUGCAGAAGGAUAAAGAAAUUCAACAACGUAAUCUUGAUACGCUAGUUGAAAAAUUCUAUAGUGAAAUGAAGACACGUACAAUCCCACCGCCAGUCAAAUCGAAAAUUGUUAAUCGUGAUGAAUAUAAACAACUAGAGAAAAAGUAUAAAAAUCUUCAAUCAACCACACAAAAGGAUAUUGCAAAUUUACAUGCUACAAUAGAACAGUAUAAAAAAGACUUAGCUGAACGUAGUAAUUUAAUCACCAGUCUGACGGAAGAAUGUCAAAAUAUGUAUAAAGAAUUAGGUCAACAAAGGCAGUUGGAAAGGAAUUUACGUGCACGUCUUGAUUAUUAUGUUCAUCCACAUUCUUCCACACUACAACAACAACAACAGAAUUCUUCAACAGUGUCUACACGAACUGCUGCUGCCGGCGGAGGUGGUAGUGAUGCUCCUGGGGAUACAACACUUUUGUCAACUGAAGAAAACUCUGCCCAACAACUAUCUUGUGUUGAUACAUCUGUCAUCACUGGUGCUGCUGGCGGUGCCGGUGCCGGGAGUAUUCCAUCAAAUAUAUUGAAUAUUAUCCUUGAAGAUAUUGUUGAUAUUGAUAGUAAAGGACGUGGAAAGCAUAAGCUAAUCUGGUUACCAAAAUAUGCUGUAUUGAAAAGAUUUUCACUCCUAUUUUAUACCUCUCGAGCUGAACGUGAAUUGAAUCCUUCUUUGGCUGAAGAAAUUCCACUCUAUUGUAUAAUGCAUGUACGUGAAGCUACUGAGCUAGACUUAAUCCAUGCGAAAAAAGAAGAUCUGAGUAAAACUAUACAAAUUUUCUAUCAAAAUCCAACUACUACUACUGUUGCUGCUUCUAAAGUAGUACAUCAUCAGGUUUAUGAUUCCAAUAACAAUAAUAAUAAUGAAGACACUGAAUUAGAUGUCUGUGAGACGAGUAUAGUGUCUUCUGGCACACAAAAUUCCCUAUCUUCAUCACUAUUGAAGUCUUCCAGUAAAUCCAGUCAAGAUCAUACUACUACUACUAAUAAUAAUAGUGGUACUAUUAACACUAAUACUAAUUCAACAUCUAUUCAAUGGAUGAGUCAUAAUUUUCAAUUAAUGCGUUUUCAUUUAGGCAAUGUAUUAUGUGAUGUUUGUCAUAAAAAUUGUUCUGACCUACUGAAUCCACCAAAAGCAUUGGAAUGUUUAAAUUGUCGUCUUCGUAUACACUUUGAUCAUGUUGACAAACAUGAAAAGUUCACUUCAUGUCAUAAUGCUGCAAAUGUUCGUUAUCUACGUAUGUCAAAUUCAGCUGUGAAAAAAGUAUGGAUUGAACAAUUGAUUGCAUUGCGUCAAUGUUUAAAAGAAUUACAGCAACAACAAGAACAAGAUCCAGAGCAGAUAUCAUUAAUUGAUGGAGAUAUGCUCACGUUAACUGGUGAUACGGCCAAUAAUAGUGGUAGCAGUGGUUCUACAAUUAGCAGUCUGAAUACAAUGAAACCGAUUUAUCGUAGUAUGCGAGCUGGUUCACUUGGCCCGUCAACAAUUCAACAAAACAGCAGUAUUACUACAAGCCAACGAUCAGAUAGCCUAAAUUAUCUACAAUAUUCAUUUCGUAAAAAAAUUAUUGGACAUACUAAUAGUGGUGUUGGCGGCGCAUCCGCUUCUACUUCUGGUUCUCGUCCCAGUGGGAAUUCAUCAUCAUCACCGAAGUGUAAAUCACCACGUUCUGCUUCACCAGCUCUUGUCUUCCCAAAGUUUGAAGAUCGAUAA